GUGCACUGCAUCAGCACGGAGUUCACGCUGCGCAAGCACGGGGGUGAGAAGGGGGUCCCGUUCCGGGUGCAGAUCGACACCUUCCGCCAGGGCCACGGCGGCGACUACAGCGAACACCUGCACUCGGCCAGCUGCCAGAUCAAGGUCUUCAAGCCCAAAGGCGCCGACCGGAAGCAGAAGACGGAUCGGGAGAAGAUGGAGAAGCGAACGGCCCACGAGAAGGAGAAAUAUCAACCCUCCUACGAGACCACCAUCCUGACCGAGUGCUCCCCCUGGCCGGACGUUCCGUACGUUCCCAGUGCUCCGUCCCCGGGAUUCAACAACUCCCACGGCACCUUCAGCCUGGGGGACGGACCCUGCUGCCGGGUCACCUGUGCCCACCUGUGCCCGCAGACGCUGCUGCCCACCUGGACGCCGCAGGAGGCCCAGCAGUGGCUGCACCGGCAGCGCUUCGGCCCCUUCGCGCGGCUCUUCCGCAACUUCUCAGGGGCCGACCUGCUGAAGCUGAGCAGGGACGACGUGAUCCAGAUCUGCGGCCCCGCCGACGGCAUCCGGCUCUUCAACGCCCUCAAGGGCAGGCAGGUGCGGCCCCGGCUGACGCUCUACGUGUGCCAGGAGUCGGCACAGGGGGGGGACCCCCGGCACGGGAGGGACCCCAGGACUGAGCCCGAGGACGGGGAGGGAGCUGGAACCUUCUUCGUGUACCACGCCGUGUACCUGGAGGAGCUGACGGCGGCCGAGCUCUCAGAGAAGUUGGCUCACCUGUUCCGCGUCUCCGCCCACCAGAUCCAGCAGAUCCACAAACAGGGACCCACCGGGAUCCACGUCCUGGUCAGCGAUGAG